AUGUCCAUGGUUCUUUCCAGUGCUACACCCCUUCUGACGCCCCCAGACUCUCCCCGUCUGCAGCCGGCUGGCCCGGCCGUCAGGGUGACUUCGCCGCGCAUCGAGUUCAAUGUUGGCGUUGAGACGGAGCUGUUCCUGGAACGGCGAGUCGCUACCAAGGAGCUGCCUACCAUUCUAGAGUUCAGUCUCGAUCUGCGCGACCGGUACAUGGAAGAAGUUGGCUCGCAAGCUGGAUAUCCCGCCCUGCGCAGCCAGUUCGUGCCCAAGGAGGAGGUUGAAGAGGACCCCGGCUUUGAGAAGUGGUCCGUCAUUAACGAAAUCUCGCUAACUAAACGAGACCGCGAGCCAUGGGGUCUCGAGGUGGUGUCGCCUAAGCUUGCAGUUGCCGCCUCGUCUCCGUGGCGGUCGCACGUCAAGGGCUGGUGGCAGUUCUUGGACCAGAACUACAUAGUCUCAAACGACACGACUUGCGGCACCCACGUGCACAUCUCCCUGGAUGGAGAGUUUAGCGUGGCCAUGCUGCAGGAAAUCGCCGUGGCAGCCAUCUUCUUUGAGCCCGCCAUCGAGGCACUGGUGCCCCAGGAGCGCCGGGGCAACCGCCACACGGCGAGUAACUGGAUCGACAAUCCUAGCUUUGGGCAGCUCGGCCGGAGCAGAUACGACACGAUUGCGCGCCUGAGGAAGUGCAGGACCAAGGACGAGCUCAUCUGGAUGAUCAGUCCCGGCAAGCCCUACGGCUGGAACUUUUGGUCGCUGAACAAGCUGAGGACAAUCGAGUUCCGCCGCGGCUCCCCGAGUAAGUCCCAGCAUGACGUCUUCAUGUGGAUCGACUUCGUCGUCGCCUUCAUCCGCGCCGCCAUCACGAAGCCCAUCGAGAUCCACGAUAACUACCUCUCCUACGCCCCAACCGUCGGCGGCCUUUUCGAGUUCCUGGCCGAUGUCCGCGUCCCCGACUCUGCGAGCGACGUCUUCGGCAACGCGCAAUCCAUAGCCCGGCUCUUCGACGGCCGCCAGUUCCGCAUGCCCGAUCUCUUCAUGCAGCCUAUCCCGGCGGUAGGUGAGGGCCUUGCGCUGCUGUUCGACCAGGAAAUGUACAUAUAUAUGUUCCAAGCAAUUGACGACGAGGAGGAGGCCAUGCCUGGAAGAAUCAUGCUCGCUCGCAGGUCUGCCAAGCCAAACAGGCUCGCGGCGCUCAAGACGCUCCGAAUCAAGGAGGCAAACGAGAUGAUACACAAGGACGUCAGGAGCCCGCUCCAGGAGAUGAGGAGCCCGAUUGGUCUCUGCUACUAG